GUUGCUUCGUUGCUUCUCCUAAUGGAGUGCCGCCUGGAGACGAGUUCAUCCUGGUAGUUUUGAUCUUUACCUUUUCAGGUUUACCUUGCUUUCCGUAUUUAUGGUGCAAUUCAGAGCCGGAAGAAUUGUGUUCUGGGCGAUUUUAAGUUUGUAGACUGCAGUUUAAAUUUAGUUUUUUUGCACUUUGGCAUGGCUGUAGAUUUGCUCGGAUUCGCUUUCGCUGCACUGACAGCAACAGGAGGCAUCAUUGGUUACAUAAAAGCAGGCAGUGUCAUGUCACUAAUAGGUGGAUUGGUCUUUGGGCUUUUGGCAGCGCUUGGCUCUUUCCAGAUGUCUCAAAAUCCAAAAAACAUCUGGCUUGCCUUUGGGACGUACGGUACGCUAGCGGCUGUAAUGGGAGUGCGAUUUCUGAGUUCAUGGAAAAUAAUGCCUGCUGGGUUGAUGACAGCAGCAAGUUUAUUUAUGGUUUUGAGAUUGGGCCUGGGGUUCCUCUGGCCAAGCAAGAAAAACUCAUGAACAAGCUGAAAAAAAAAGGAAGAAAACAACCUAGACCAACAAACUGCUUGUUUCGACCAUGUUUGUUGGUGAGGACCGAGCAAUAUGAUGAUGCCAUAUUAACAUCGUAAUACAUGCUAAAAUCUUUCUACAAAGAGAUUGUAGUUUUUGAAUAUUAAAAAAAAAAUUGCAAGCGGAAUUUGUUUCAAUUUUAUUGUAAACUUUAAAUUAUUAUUUUUUAUUCCUUCAUAUCUUUUCUUCCACUAUUCAUUAACAUUUUCAUUUUCACACGUUAAAUAAAAAUUUCUGUAAGAACA